AUGAAUGAAAUGGAAGACAUGGACCAUAUCGGACAGCAUCUUCAAAUGAAUGACAUGCGCAAGAAAGGGCUUUUCACAGACGGUCUCAUUCAUAUACCAGCCGAAAAUGUAUCUUUACCCAUUCACAAAGCAAUCAUGGCGAGUUGUAGCAACUAUUUUAGAUCUUUGUUUACUUGGGGAAUGUGCAAUCGUGAAUAUGAGAAUGAUGUCCUCAUAACUGGCGUAUCUGCCAAAACUAUGGAAGCCGUCAUUGACUACGCGUAUAUUCAAAGUGUUGAUAUACACGCAGGAAACGUCGAAGACCUCAUAGCGGCUGCCGACCGUUUUCAUAUGUUUGGACUUCAAAAAAAUUGUACAGAUUAUCUUGUCAAUGAACUUACAGUUGAAAAUUGCAUUGGUAUUAAGAUGUUUUUUGAUUUCUAUUCUUGCACAAACGGAUUGAAAAGAACAAAUGAAUUUAUCUCGCGACAUUUUACAGAUAUUGCAGAGACAAGUCAAGAAUAUCUACAAAUGAAUUUCGAAAAUCUAAAGGAAAUUAUUAGCAAUGACGAAAUCUAUGUUUCUGACGAGAGUGAAGUUUUGAGUGCAGUACUAAGGUGGAUAAAACACGAUAUGGAAAACCGAAAAUGUCAUUUUGCGGAAUUAUUAAGUGUUGUGAGACUAACUUUCGUAAAUCAAUCAUAUUUUGAUGUCUUCCUUACGACGACUCAUGGGAUUUUUAAUCAGUGCGCAAAUUCCAGAUCAAUCUUAGAAAAAGCAAAGGAUCUGAAAAACCGGAUACGGAGCACUGAUUCGAUAAUCUGUGAUCCAUACGAGAACAUGCUCCGACCUCGUGUUCCGCGUGAAGUUCUUUUCGUCGUCGGUGGAUGGUCGAGUAGUGGCGUUGUAAAUUCUUUGGAAACCUUCGACCGGUACACCGGAAGAUGGUAUGAUGCUGUCUCGCGCAUGCCCAACACGCGAGCAUACCAUGCCACUGUCCCACUUGGUAGUGUAAUCUACGUUAUCGGUGGCUACGAUGGCGCCAGAUAUCUGGCCUCUGUAGCAUGUUUUUGCACAGCCACGCAAACUUGGGAAAACAAAGCGCGUAUGCAUUUUCAGCGAUGUUAUGUUGCUGGUGUGGAACUUAAAGGCAAAAUUUACGUGUUUGGAGGAUUCGACGGCAGACAGCGUCACGACACUGUGGAAUGUUACGACGCAAAAUCAAAUCAAUGGAACGAUGUGCAACCGAUGCUCCAGUGCCGAAGCGAUUGUGGGGCCACGGUGUCUGGGUGUCUAAUAUAUGUAGCAGGUGGUUUUGAUGGAACUCAUUGUCUGUCUUCAGUUGAGGUGUACAACCCAUCUACCAACCAUUGGACAAUGUUGACAAACAUGUCAGUUCCUCGUAGUGGCGUGUCCAUUAUGGCGGUCGAUGGCGUCAUAUUUGCUAUUGGCGGAUAUGACGGGAGCAUACGGCUUCGGUCAGUUGAAGAAUACAAACCGUUUCGGAAUGUUUGGUCCGAGGUCGAAAGUAUGAAUGUCGGUCGCAGUAACUUCUCUGCAAUCCUCUUCGAUCAGAAAAUUUACGCCAUUGGUGGAUAUGACGGUUCUGUGACGUCAUCUCACGUGGAAUGCUUUGAUUCCAAGACAAAGAAGUGGUCCCAGAAGUGUCCACUUAAGACCGGAAGAAGUGCAUUAAGUGCUUGUGUCGUCAGCGACAUGAACAAUGCCAAAGAAUUCACGUGUCUAGGACGAGAUGCUUUGGUCACUCAAUCACCAAUAAAUGAAUAG